AUGACUUAUCAAGAUUUACCAUCUCGACAAAAAUCACAACGUCUAAUCAAUCGACUCAAGAGUCAACAACAACAGCAACAAUUCCAACAAUAUAAACAACGUGCUAAGAACAUAAACAACAUUAAUGAAUUAUUACCUGGUUUGAAUGAUAUCAGUGAUGCAUUUGAAGCAUUACCUCUUGAUUUAAUUAAAUAUUUCACCUUAUUAAAGGAAAUCGAUGCUAAAUGUAUUAAUUCUAUACCUCAAAUAAAUUAUCUUAUUAAAAAUCAUAUUAAUGGAUUACAUGAAACUAAAGAUGAAGAGAAUGAACAAUCUAAACAAGAGAAGAAAUCAGAUGAUUUUAAACGAUUGUUUUUAAUUAAAUCUAAAAUUAAUGAAAUUAUCCCAUGUUUAGAAGAGAAAAUGCAUGUUACAUCCGUUGCUACAGAUUUAUUACAUAAACAUAUGUAUAGAAUCAAUAAUGAUUAUAAAUUGAUCAUUAAUAAUAAUGAAAUCCCUGAAUCCAUCAGAAUCGGACCUUUGAAUCAUCCUGCUAUGAUUAUGGAUUCAAGUUUUGUUAAUAGUAACAGUGUCAAUGGUAAUGCUGCUGAUAGAUCAGCUCAAGCUCAAAGAAGUGAAAGUAGAAGGGAGGCUUUGGCAGCUAAGAAAGCUAAUAAGGAAGAUUCUGAUGAUCAUGUUACUACUAAGAAAAAGAGAAAUAAUAAUAAAGAAGCUACACCUUUAGAUUCAAAUGCAAAUGGUAGUGGAAAACAUAUCAAUAAUAAUAGUAAUAAUGGUAAUAAUGCCAAUAAUUCUAAUAAUAAUAAUAAUGGUUCAGGUACAACUACUACUAAAAAGAGAUCAAGAAAAGAACCUGAAGAUAAACAAAAAGCCAUUACUCCAUCAUCAUCGGCUGGUUCUAAUCCUGCCAAUCCAUCAAAUAUUCCUAAUAACAAUACCGCUGCUAAUGUCAAUAAUGGAUCUAAUGUGAAUGGCCCAUCGAAUGGACCAGCAAAGAAGAAAUCUAAACCUAAAAAGGAAGAAAGUACCGAUAUCAUUGCAAGAGAAGGAGGUCAACUCACAACUGAAAGUGGUCAUAAGAUUAAAGUUGAUAUUAUUGCUCAACAAAAGACUGCCGGUGGUUCAUCAACUAAUGUCGAGCCUACCUAUUGUUAUUGUAAUCAAGUGUCAUUUGGUGAAAUGGUGGGUUGUGAUGGUGAUGAUUGUAAACGUGAAUGGUUUCAUUUACCUUGUAUUGGAUUUAAAAAUCCUCCAAAGGGGAAAUGGUAUUGUGAUGAUUGUUUAAUCAAAAUGAAAAAGGUUAAAAAGAUAUAA